AGUCAUUGGUGUAGUGAGACCUAACAAUAAUACAAAAAACUAAUGACACAUUUUAUUAGCGACAUUAUUCACCAUGGGGCUUUUGACUAUUUUGAAGAAAAUGAAACAAAAAGAGAAAGAAGUCAGAUUAUUAAUGUUAGGUUUAGAUAAUGCUGGAAAAACAACAAUUUUGAAGAAAUUUAAUGGCGAAGACAUUGAUACAAUCUCACCUACUUUAGGGUUCAACAUCAAGACACUGGAGCACAGAGGAUUCAAACUAAAUAUAUGGGAUGUUGGUGGUCAGAAGUCUCUGCGUUCUUACUGGAGGAACUAUUUUGAAUCAACCGAUGGUCUGAUUUGGGUUGUCGACAGUGCAGACAGAAUGAGACUCCUCGACUGUAAACAGGAACUCCAGUCUCUGUUGGUGGAAGAGAGACUGGCUGGAGCAACUCUUCUAGUUUUCGCAAACAAGCAAGACCUGCCAGGCUCACUCAGGCCUGAAGAAAUCAGAACUGCUCUAGAACUGGAUAAGAUCAGGACCCAUCACUGGAGAAUACAAGGAUGUAGCGCCGUCACUGGAGAAAACUUACUGGAAGGCAUUGACUGGAUUAUUGAUGACAUUGCAUCACGGAUAUUUACCAUGGAUUGAUGGGAGAUACGAGAGAUUAUUUACAAAGAAACAGUCUGAAGACUCCACUACAAAAUUUAAUGCUGUAGUGUGACCGAUGGUCAAAACAUGCUGGCUGGACUGUUGGUCAGAUAAAAUCAUGAACAUUUAUUAUAAGACAGGCAAAGAUUUUAUUUACUGUGGCCAACAGGAAAGAUAUUUAUUCAGACCUAAGCAUCGAGACUUCUUAGUACAAGUCUAGCAGUUGUACUGAGUAAAUCUGAAUAGCUAAGAUUGCUGAAGAAAGAUCUGUGCAUUAUGCAGAAUUUUUUUUUUUUUUUUUUAAUGUGCUUAAGUCUAAAAAAGUUUAGAUGUCCCACCAAAAGAUGUUUUGAAAGACAUUAUUGUUUUAUUGCCAGCAGUUGUUAACUUUAAAUAUUUUUGUUUUCUAAAGUUUUAUUUUCAUGCUUAUAUUCAAUUAAGGUUCAGCAAUCUGAACUGUCUGUCAAGGAGAGGGAGUCAGUUGCUGGUGAGAGAGAAAUGUGUGUUGUGGUCUUACAGCUCCCCAAGAGGGAGCCAGUAUCAGGAUACAAACCAAGUACCAGCCAGUUUCAUGGCACACUUUAUCAGCAAAGAGAAAUUUAAACCUACAAAAUGGCAUUAUAUUUGUCUAGGGAAAUAAAACUACUUUUGUUCUAUACUCUAAUCAUUAGAAGAUGACGGCUAUACAUUAACUUGAUUGAUGAGGGGGCCAAACCAUUAUCUUCAGUUUGGGGUACUCCCCUCCCCCCUCUCAACACCUAUGGACACUGGUGGUGCAUAGAGUAUUUCUGACAUGCCUAAAUGUUCACCACCAGGUGUGUAAUAAAUUAUUUUAAAUGUUUAUAAAAAAAAAAAAGGUUUAAGUAUGCCAUCUUGGAAACACAGUCCAGGAAACCGACAUGCCUCUCAGGUGUCUAAAACAAAAUAUGUUGAAGAUGGACAUCUAGAAUGUUUUUGUUUAUUGGUGUUCAAAUAUUCUAAAGAUAGACAAUGUGAUUGAUGGAGUCUGUUUUUUGUAUUGUUCGUAGGGUUAUGUAAUAUAUAAAUACCAAACAUGACUGACAAAAUGUGAUGUUGAAAAAAUAAUUUGAAUGAUAAAAAUAACUUUUGCUUUU